AUGUCUUCUUGCUUUUCCAUCUCUCUCUCUCUCUCUCUCAUGAAUUCUUGCUUUUCCAUCUCUCUCUCUCUCUCAUGUCUUCUUGCUUUUUCCAUCUCUCUCUCUCUCUCAUGUCUUCUUGCUUUUUCCAUCUCUCUCUCUCUCUCAUGUCUUCUUGCUUUUUCCAUCUCUCUCUCUCUCUCAUGUCUUCUUGCUUUUUCCAUCUCUCUCUCUCUCUCUCUGACUUCUUGCUUUUUUCCAUCUCUCUCUCUCUCUCAUGACUUCUUGCUUUUUCCAUCUCUCUCUCUCUCUCUCAUCUUCUUGCUUUUCCAUCUCUCUCUCUCUCUCAUGUCUUCUUGCUUUUUCCAUCUCUCUCUCUCUCUCUCUCAUGUCUUCUUGCUUUUCCAUCUCUCUCUCUCUCUCAUGUCUUCUUGCUUUUCCAUCUCUCUCUCUCUCUCUCAUGUCUUCUUGCUUUUCCAUCUCUCUCUCUCUCUUGUCUUCUUGCUUUUCCAUCUCUCUCUCUCUCUCAUGACUUCUUGCUUUUCCAUCUCUCUCUCUCUCUGUCUUCUUGCUUUUUUCCAUCUCUCUCUCUCUCUCAUGUCUUCUUGCUUUUCCAUCUCUCUCUCUCUCCUGUCUUCUUGCUUUUCCAUCUCUCUCUCUCUCUCUCAUGUCUUCUUGCUUUUCCAUCUCUCUCUCUCUCUCAUGUCUUCUUGCUUUUUCCAUCUCUCUCUCAUGUCUUCUUGCUUUUCCAUCUCUCUCUCUCAUGUCUUGCUUUUUCCAUCUCUCUCUCUCAUGACUUCUUGCUUUUUCCAUCUCUCUCUCUCUCUCAUGUCUUCUUGCUUUUUCCAUCUCUCUCUCUCUCUCUCAUGA